AUUUUCAGAAGCGGUCAAAUCAAGACAUUUUUAGAUAUGAAUUGAGUUCAGCCACAUUAUGUUUGAUAACGUUCAUUCUUCAAGACGAAUCUUCAAUGAUAUUAUGUUAUCUCGAAGAUUUACAAGUUGGGACAGUUUUGAGACCUGUUUGAAAGAAGUACAUAAGUAUACGCAUACUAAGUACGUUAUGUCAGUAUGCAAAAAGAACAAUGAUGAUCCAACUCUAAAGUACCUUUUCGUGAGAUAUGUCACAUUGUAAUUAAUUGAGUUUAGACACUAAAAAUAUCAAUGACAUUUUACAGCGCGUUCAAGCAAAUACUGAAGUUAAAGUAUUCAAUGAAAAUGGGAACAUGACUAUGAUUUGCUUCAGCCACAGAGAGCAAAUAGCUGUUUACCUCACGUUCCUGGAGGUAAUAUGUAUUGAUUUGACUUAUCAGACCAAUAAAGUCGGGUAACGAUUAGUAAUAAAUUUAUCUGAAAGUUUUUCACUGUUCCAGCUAGUGGUGACUGAUAGUCUUGGGCAAGGGCACACUGUUAUUUAUGCUCUUUGCAGUCAAGAACGACGCGAAGAUGUCUAAAAACUAUCAGAAUGUUUUAACCAUAUAAUGUACGGUACUUAUGAUACACGCACUUUCGUUAUGGAUUCGGCAGCGACCGAAAUUUCGGCUGUGCAGUCUACGCACAGUCAUUCUAACAUAAUACUUUGUUUAUUCCAUGCCCUGAUAGCGUUUUUCAGGAAGGUAUGUGUUAGCUGUACAAAUUAUCUGUAGUUCCGAAAUCCUGAUGUGCGCAAAUGCUUGGAACACCUUGUGAAGACUAGACGGUCUGAUAUGUGAGCUUCGCUUUUCAUAGCGCAUUAUAUUCAGAUAUACUCGAAAGUACGAACAUCUAAGGACGCAUUUCUCACGAGCGUAUGACUACAUAAAAGACUACUGGAUUGCCAGGAAGUCAAUGUGGGCUCGCUGUUACCGGCGACAUGUAUUAAGCCUGGGCAACCACACAAACAACCGUGUCGAAAAUGCUCACAAACACCUAAAAGAACGUCUCAGAAGAGGUGAUUCCCUGCUUUUGACGUUCUGAAAAAUUUGGGGUAAAACAGACUGACCUAUGUUUGCAUCCAUAUGACGCUGUAAAAAAUCUUCAACGUUUUCCAUUUCUUUAGGUAAGAAAUAUAGUUAAAUGUAUCAUGAAUUCCAGGUUCCAAUGUCAUUUUGAAUUCCUAUGAGACAAUGAGACACGGAUUUAUAGAAGGAGAAUACAUACGGUGCUACAACAAGUGUAUGAUGUAUGUCGUUGAUACUUCACAUGCAUGAUGUGCUUGUGAGCGUUUCAGUGACAACAUGCUGCCCUGUGGUCAUAUUCUGUAUGCACAUUCCAAAGAUCUAAUUCGUGGAGCUUUGUAGACUUAUUUCGACAUAGCAGCCGGUGGAAAUGGAAAUACAUAAUGGACUUGGUUCUUCGUGCGCUGGACAACA